AUGGCGAGGGUCUGGGCCGUCUUACUUUUAAUAAGUUGCUUGACUACUACUGUUAUUUCCAAAAUCGUCCUACCCCACAAACUUCGGUACUUAGAGAACAUGCUCAACGCCGAAGUGAUCGCGAAGGCGGCUAAGAUACGUCAAAGAAUUGAAGCGAAUCCGAAUAAUCAAGAUAGUGAUAAGAGCUGGCCUUUGUUAUUAGCUAAGUACCAAGAUGAUAACAAAAUUAUGCCCAACGCGUUGUAUGCGAGACGGAUACCAAAUCUU